AUGUUUGUCACCUUUAACAGCUCACUCACUCCAACCAGCAGCCCCUCUCCAACCUCAUCUCGUCCCAGAAGGACAAAUGUCGCUCGUGCCUGUGACUGGUGCCGUCUGAACCGCAUCAAAUGCGACGACCACCACCCCUGCAAGAAUUGUCGCACUCGCCGCGUCAACUGCACCAAGGGGCGACUAACUGAGCAGGCUACUGAUUAUAGAGAACUGGAACGGCUGCGAUCACGUGUUGCAGAGUUGGAAGAGCAGCUCAAAACCCCGCCAUCGCCAGAAGAUUCAACUGUGAUUGAGCCUCGAAAAUGGAGUUGGCAGGGAAUCUGGAUGCAGGAUCGAUAUUAUGGACCUACAUCGUUGAAUUAUUUCGUCCAUCGCUUGAGUCUUUGUCUCGAGUCUUCGUCUCUUGCUGAAUCCUUGUUAUCCAGCAAUAACAUCGCAGCCAUCAAUCUGAACUCGUUUCAAUCCAGCACAGAUCUAUCUCGCCAUCAAGAGGAGCAUCUGCUCGGCCAGUUCUGGCAGUCAUAUCACUGCAUUACUCCUAUCGUAGAUGAAGAUGAACUGAGGGCAUACCAUGACUCUCUCUGGUUGAUGAAUUCCCAGCCCAGUGCAAUUCGCAAAUCCUCUGCUCUGAUGGAUAUCAUUCUUGCACUGUGCAUGCAAUACAGCGCUGGGUUGAUGGCUGAUGGUCCAUCGGAUCUACACGAUGGGCAAUGGCUCUAUCACCGAUGCCAACUGCUUUUAUCGAAUGGGGAUUCCUCCAUUUCUAGUCUGCAGUGUCGAAUUUAUUCAGCUAUUUAUCUCCUCAACGCCUCUUGCCUUGAUCAGUGUAGGUCCCAUCUAUCUAUCGCUGUGAAUAUCGCAUACACCCUAGGCCUCAACCAUGAAUCUACAACACUAUGCCCAGUCCAGCAAGCGCUACAACGGAGAAUAUGGUGGACACUGUUCUUCCUCGAUGCAAAACUCAACCUGGAACUGGGAAGGCCAUAUCUGAUCAAUCCACCUGACGCGACCGUCAAACUGGACCAGCCUGAUAUAUCUGAAGAUGUCACUCAAUUCGAGUAUCAAAUACAAUACGCCAAACUGAUCAUGCGCGUCCGCUCUAUAUCCUCCAACAUCCUAUCCAAAGCCACGCAGCUCAUGUCCAGAGAAACAGAAACAUCCAUCCACACAAACCUCCCCGUCAUUCAGCAGUGCUCUACAAUCCUCCACGCCAACAUGGCCACUCUCCAAACAUGGCAAAAGACCGUUCCAUCCGCUCUGAAAAUCUCCCGAAAAGGACCUGGCGAUGCCUUUUCCACGACCAAAUCACCCCUAGACAUCGACACCUACGCCCCCCUCUGGCUCCAGCGACAGCGAGUCAUGUUGGAACUCCUCUAUCACAAUCUAGUCAUGUACAUCUAUCGUCCAUUCAUCAGACUUACACCUAUUUCGCCAUCGCAGCCCACCAAGCAUACCACCGACGGUAACGCCCUCCUCGCAUUAAGCCACGCAGUAGCAACAAUCAACAUUGUCCAUCAGGUCCUCACGGAAACUGAUAUUCUGACCGGCUGGCAUCGUUCGUUUCAAUAUACAUGGGAUGCCAUCGUCACUGUUCUCGGGUUUGCGGUUGUUCAUCCUGUCUGUCCGUAUACGUUCUCCGCAAGAAGAGCCAUUACCCUUGCCAUUGAGGCAUUCGAGGCAUUUGCUAGUUUUGGAUUUACGCGAGCUGCAAAUGCCGCUGCGACUGUGAGAGAUAUCCACGAUAUGAUAGAUAGGAGUGCCAAGUCAUUUGGUAACUCCAUGGGGAGCAACCAGCUUCCAACUCCGUCCGAGUCGCUGAAGGGGGCGGAUUUGCAGAAUAUACCUACUCCGGAUUUUGCAUCGAUGGUGAAUUCUCUGGCCUCACCAACUUCACAGUCUGAUAUCUUUGACGUGAAUAACCUGGAUAUCCCAUCUAUACCAGUGGAUCUGCUUGGUUUGGAUCAGUCUUGGUGGGAUAAUAGCAUACACUAG